AUGAACGGCACCGAGGGCAUCAAAAAGGCGGCCAUCAAUAAAGCCAAGCAGGUCGGCAAUGCCGUCUCCUCCUCCUCCAAUGGCAGCAACGGGAAGAAGCGGAGGAAGCAGGAUCUGAAGCCCAUCAUCACCACCGAGCAGCAGCAAGGCGCCGGCGGCAAUCCGUACAGCGCGCAAAGCCAACACUCCCCCCUCAACCACCAAAAGGCGGCGGCGUACGGCCACGACCUCCAUCAAUCCCCCUCCGGCUCGGAAUCAUCGGGCGAUGAAGCCACCGAAAAUACCGCGGACGAGGAAGACUCGGAAGACUACUGCAAGGGUGGCUACCACCCGGUUCAGGUCGGCGAGCAGUACAAAGACGGCAAAUACACGGUCGUGCGCAAGCUGGGCUGGGGCCAUUUCUCCACUGUAUGGCUGUCCAAGGACAACACCACCGGCAAGCACGUCGCGCUGAAGGUGGUGCGCUCCGCCGCUCAUUAUACCGAGACCGCGCUCGAUGAAAUCAAGCUGCUCAACAAGGUGGUGGAGGCGAACAAAGACCACCCGGGCCGAAGACACGUCGUCAGCUUGCUGGACUCCUUCAACCACAAGGGCCCGCACGGCAUGCAUGUGUGCAUGGUGUUUGAGGUGUUGGGCGAGAACCUGCUCGGCUUGAUCAAGAGAUGGAAUCACCGUGGCAUCCCCAUGCCGUUGGUGAAGCAAAUCACCAAACAAGUCCUGCUCGGACUCGACUACCUCCACCGCGAAUGCGGCAUCAUCCACACCGACCUCAAGCCCGAGAACGUGCUGAUUGAGAUUGGCGACGUGGAGCAGAUUGUCAAGACGUACGUCAAAGACGAACACAAGGAAAAGGACGACCACCGCAACGGCAGGCGGCGACGGAGAACGCUCAUUACCGGCAGCCAGCCGCUGCCCAGCCCGCUCAACGCCUCCUUCUCCAAUAACGACCUUACGAAUUACCCCGGCAGCACGCAGAGUUUGAACCGCAUCAUGAGCGACAGCAAAGGUAACGAAGCCAUCCAUGGCCAAUCUCCCUCGUCGAGUGGUGGUGCUGAGAUGAGUGGUGCCGUUGUAGCCUCCAAUCCCCCCACCCCUCCCAAGGCCGUCAGGUCGAUGGUGGAGAUGUUGGGGAUCAAGUCGGGCGGGGAGGAGUUGGAGCAGGUGGAUUCGCAGAAGGAGCGGGAAAAGACUGCCGAUAUACUCGCCAAUAAUGUAUCUGACAUUGACCUCGACAAGACGACACAUGUCCAGCCGAAGGAAUUGGAGAAGGGCGACGGCAUCGAAAUCAUCUCGGUGAAGAUUGCGGAUCUCGGCAAUGCAUGCUGGGUGGGACAUCACUUCACCAACGACAUUCAGACUCGACAGUAUCGCUCGCCCGAAGUCAUCUUGGGCGCGAAAUGGGGCGCGAGCACAGACGUGUGGAGCAUGGCAUGCAUGGUCUUCGAACUCAUCACCGGCGACUACCUCUUCGACCCGCAAUCCGGCACGAAAUACGGCAAAGACGACGACCACAUUGCGCAAAUCAUCGAACUCCUCGGCACGUUCCCGAAAUCCUUGUGUCUGGCGGGCAAGUGGUCGCAGGAGAUUUUCAACCGCAAGGGCGAGCUGCGCAACAUCCACCGCCUGCGCCACUGGGCCCUCCCCGACGUGCUGCGCGAAAAGUACCACUUCUCUGUCGAGGAGGCGAAGCGCAUUGCCGAUUUUUUGAUCCCGAUGUUGGAAUUGCUUCCUGCGGAGCGCGCGAAUGCGGGCGGGAUGUCGAAUCAUCCGUUUUUGGAGAAGACGAAAGGGAUGGAGGGGGUGAAGUUGGGGGUUGAGGUGGGGAGUAAGGGGGAUGGGAUUGAGGGGUGGGCGACGGAGGUGAAGAAGUCUUCGGGCUCGGGGCGGUAGUGUGGGAUGGAAGGGAGGGAGGGCAGAGUGGGUGGUUUUUGAUGACUACGACAACAAGAUGAGACUCUGUGCUUCUUGUGCAUAUUCCGACCUCACACUCACUUUUACGUUAUGGGAUGGGGAAGAUUGAGGAUGGGAGUGGGGGAUGUAUACGGUAUUAUGGUUGGUUGGUUGGUCGCGUUGUCGACUGCAGACAGACAAGACAGACAGACAGACAGACACAGGUAUUGCCCUCUUCUAUGGGUUUGUUAGAUGGUCGUGCAAGAUUAUUCCGCCUAUGGCUUUUCUUUGA